CGCCUCCGAGGCUGUGGGUUUCAGAAUUUGGGUAGUGAGAGCGCGGGUGGAGAGAGAGAUGUGCACACCCACCCCGAGGCCCGCUGUUGUGAAGUUUCAGGGCUCUGGGGCAGAGGACUGUGCUGGCUUCUAGAAAAAAGAGUAAACACAGGCCACCAAGAGGGCAUCACAAACGGAGCAGGGUGCUUGGGGGACCCGUCCGCAGCAACCUCAGAAGGUGGAAAGCAGGGUCCCGAGAGCAGCGCCCCUCCUCCAUGAAGCUGCCGUGAAAGCUCCCGGGUGAGAGGGCCCGCGGCCCGUCCGCGAACAGAAUGACCAAAACCCGGCUCUUCCGCCUGUGGCUGGUCUUGGGGUCCGUGUUCAUGGUCCUCCUGAUCAUUGUGUACUGGGACAACGUGGGCACGGCCCACUUCUACCUGCACACUUCCUUCCCCAGGCCGCGCCCCACCCCCGCGCAGGGGGCAGAGAAGGAGUUCACGGCCGACGUGGACGCGUUUUUGCAGAAGCUGCUUAGCGGCGGCCUGAAGCAGAGCGCCCCCUCCGGUCGAAGGACGGAGCAGCCCUCGGUGCAGGCCUCGGGCAGGCCCGUGCUGAGCAACGCGGAGGAGAGCGUGCGGGGCUACGACUGGUCCGCCCGCGACGCCCAGCAGGGCCCGGACCCCGGCGGGCGGCAGGCCGAGCGGCGGAGCGUGCUCCGGGGGCUCUGCGCCAACGCCAGCUUCGUGUUCCCCACCAAGGAGCGCUCGUUCGACGACAUCCCCAACUACGAGCUGAACCACCUGAUCGUGGACGACCGCCACGGCGUCAUCUACUGCUACGUGCCCAAGGUGGCCUGCACCAACUGGAAACGCGUCAUGAUCGUGCUGAGCGAGAGCCUCCUGGACCGGGGCGCCCCCUACCGCGACCCGCUGGACAUCCCGCGGGAGUACGUCCACAACUCCAGCACCCACCUGACCUUCAACAAGUUCUGGCGCCGCUACGGCAAGUUCUCCCGCCACCUCAUGAAGAUCAAGCUCAAGAAGUACACCAAGUUCCUGUUCGUGCGGGACCCCUUCGUGCGCCUCAUCUCCGCCUUCCGCAGCAAGUUCCAGCUGGAGAACGAGGAGUUCUACCGCAAGUUCGCCGUGCCCAUGCUCACCAUGUACGCCAACCGCACCGGCCUGCCCUCCUCCGUCAGCGAGGCCUUCAGCGCGGGCCUCAAGGUGUCCUUCGCCAACUUCAUCCAGUACCUGCUGGACCCGCGCACCGAGAAGCUGGCGCCCUUCAACGAGCACUGGAGGCAGGUGCACCGGCUCUGCCACCCCUGCCAGAUCGACUACGACUUUGUGGGCAAGCUGGAGACGCUGGACCAGGACGCCGCCCAGCUGCUGCGGCUUCUCAAGGUGGACAAGCUCCUGCACUUCCCCCCGAGCUACCGGAACAGGACCGCCAGCAGCUGGGAGGAGGGCUGGUUCGCCCCCAUCCCCCUGGCCUGGAGGCAGCAGCUGUACAAACUCUACGAGGCCGAUUUCGUCCUGUUCGGCUACCCGAAGCCCGAAAACCUGCUCAGAGACUGAGGGCGGCGGGGACAGUCCCGAACGCCGGAACCGACCGGGCUCACGUCAUCUGCCGUCCCGCGGCCGUCUUCCUGAGGGAGCAGCGAUGGGCUCCCGCGUGGAUUUUUUCACGGCCCCGUUUCCCUGCCGGCCCGACACGGCGGGGUUCCCCAGCGCUCCCGCCAACGAGGAGGCCGGAGACCGUCCCCACACUCCAGUUUUUUAAAUAACCUACGAUUUUGCAAUCUAGACGUACCGUUUACUCCACUGCCUAUAUUCAUUGAGUACUGUGUUAAUAUUGUUUUCUAAGAUUAAUAUAUUUGAGAUAUUUAAUAUGAAAAGUGCAGAAAGGAAGGAUGGAGUAAAUGUUACACCUGCUU